AACAACAAGCAGCAGGCAAUUUGGCGGCCGCUAACACUACUCACGACAAUACACAUGCUCCUGCGUUACUCAAUUUAGUGAAGAUUUGCAUAAUGGGCCUUGGGAUAGAGAUGAAAUUGAGGACUCUAUUAUGGCACAGUCAUAUGUUGGACCUUCCACCUCUUCACGAGCAAAUGCUUUAAUUUCAGUUAUUUCCUCCUCCUCGGCUAAUAGCGCUGAGGGAGCGGCAGCAGCCAGCAGUAGUGGUGGUGGUGCAGUUCCCAGCUAUUGUUUUGAUACCUCCUCAUUUUGUUCCCGUACACGCAAAGAAGUUGCUGCUCUCAUUGUGGCUGAAUGUUGCAGUGGUGGACCAACACCCGAUUUGAAUUACAUUAUGGAUAGAUUUUUUAAUCCCAGCACACCGAUCGAUAAUCCCGAUAAUAUUUCAUGGAUACGUUGGCUCAUUGCUGGUGGCCGUACUAUAAGCGAUUUUGUGAAAAUUGUACGAAGUUACGAUAAUCAUGCCAAAUGUGGUUUAGUUUGGGUGCCACACGUGGUGGCCUAUAGAUGUCGUACUUGCGGCAUAUCACCGUGUAUGUCUAUAUGUCGAGACUGUUUCAAAAAAGGUGAUCAUACGAAUCACGACUUCAAUAUGUUUCUAUCACAAGCAGGCGGUGCCUGUGAUUGUGGCGAUACGUCAGUAAUGAAAGCUGAAGGCUUCUGCAGUGAUCAUGGCAUUAACAAUCGUGUCAAUAAAGAACCCGUACCAGCGAAUCUUUUAGCAGUUGCCGAGGCCAUAAUGCCAAAAUUAUUAUUUCGUCUUUUACAACAUUUUCGCGAACACAGUGACGCCACGUCACAGUCAUUCAUCGUGGUUGCCCAACUAUGUGAACUAUUUACGAAUAUGCUAAUCGAUUUGAAUAAUAUGGGCGAAAUAAUGCGUAAAGUAAUGACGAGGGCACUCAUCAGUCAAGAGGUCUAUAAACAAUUCGCUGAUGUCAAUUGUCUUAGUAGUAGACAUGCACGAGUCUUAAAAAAGAAUCGUGAAAAAUAUGAAGAGGCUGUUAAUCGUUUCCCUAGGCCAGAACCUCCUGAUGAUUAUAAACAUUUGCCGGCACUGGGAGAGAAGCUGGUGCACACUACCCUGCUGGAGGAGUUUAUAUUUUGGACAUUUAAAUUUGAAUUUCCACAAAAUUUAGUAUGUUUCCUACUCAACAUGUUGCCCGAUCAAGACUAUAAGGUACACUUGACCAGAACUUUCGUAAUGCACUAUAGUCGCAUACCAUCGGUAUUGGAAAUGUCUAGAGAUCCGGAUACGUUAAGUAAUCGCGUGGUACACAUGAGUGUACAAUUAUUUUCCAAUGAAAGUUUAGCUUUAAAAAUGGUUAAUGAAUUAUCGCUGCUGCAUGUGAUGAUAAUAAGUUUAAAACUAAUGAUGUCCAAGAUACUCAUACAAAAUACUUUACAUGACCCUAAGAAAAAUUUCCAUUUUGUUAUCGAUUGCACCCGCCAAGUUAUGAAAGAUCAUUGUUAUUGGCCAUUAGUGUCUGAUUUUAAUAAUGUUCUUUCCCAUGAAUCAGUGGCUUUGGUUUUUCUGCGUGAUGACAAUCUUAUCGAUAUGUGGUUUCAAUUUCUUUCCAUGCUGCAGGGCAUGAAUGUGAAUGUUCGUGAAACUGCUUCACAUGUAGAAUUUGAACCCAAUUCAUAUUAUGCUGCUUUUUCAUGUGAACUGGAAGCCAGUGCUUAUCCAAUGUGGUCAAUUAUUUCACAUCUCCAAGAUGGUAAACAUGCUCAUUUGGCUAAAAAGAUUAUUACGUAUUGUGUUAAUAUGCUGCAUGAAUGGUUGGAUGCCAUUUAUUUUCCAGAACCAAAAAUUUCCCAAGAGGAAAUGUUGCAAGCUUCAUUUCAUUUUCCCUUACAUCGUUAUUUGGCCGCUUUUGUUUGUCAAGCUGUUACUAAAAUGGGCAUGUCACUGUCGGAAGUUUUACCCACCAGAUCAUAUAUUUUACCUUUAUUGAUGAUGCAUCCUUUAAGAGUGCAGAGUUUUUUCUAUGAAAUUUUAGCUGGCAUUUGGGUGCGUAAUGGUCUUCAAAUAAAAGGACAAGCCAUGACCUAUAUACAGGCAAACUUUUGCAAUUCUAUGGCUGAUAUGGAUUUAUUCUUUCUACAGAUUUGUGCCACAAAUUUACCACAAUAUUUCUUUUUACAAAAUACCAUCGAACUAUUUGGUGUAUCACAAUGGCUGGAAACGGCUCCACUCAAACAACCACAGAAAAUGGAACAAACUUCAAUGCUUGAAGGUUUCUUAACAUUCCUAGCCACCUUGGUAACGAGUCGUACAAAUUUGGGUAAUGACGAGGCUACACAGUGUAUCAUUGAAAUAAGUGCUCUACUGGCCACUGAGAAUAAGACCCAUUCCCAGUUAUUAGAGCUAAUGCCCGAACGAUCGGGAAAUGUUCAUACUAAGAAUUUUGAAACAUUCUUAAAGAAAUUGUCGGUGUAUAAGGCCCCAUCAUCGGGAUCAGAAAAUUUAGAACAAGGUUUGUUUACACCCAUCGAUGAGGUGUGGGAGGAAUAUUAUGAUCCCUUACAUGUUCUCUUAAGAGCUGUUCACCGGCGAGAUUUUCAAUCAUCACUGGAUCGUUUUACCAACUAUGUAAAGUCUAAGAAUAAAAUGCCGGCUAGCGGUAACUUAUGGCCACCUUUUAGAUUACCCCGACCAGUAGGGCCAGCAUUCAGUGAUCCUUGUCGUAUAUUAAGUUCCCGAGUCUUCCAUUCAACCAUAUUGUCGAUAUUAUAUCGUGCUGUACAUUCGCGUGAUGUAUCAGAACAUUUAUUGGCCUUAGCGAUAUUCCUAUUGGAAAUUGCCAUCGAAACGAGUGAGGAUACCAAAUCAACGGGCAAUGAUAAUGCUGCAGUAGUAGAAUGUGAAGAUCAACACAAGCCCUGCUAUCGUUUUGGCAUGCGUCGAGAUCCUCCCAAGCUCUUCAAAUGUUAUCCCACAGAUAAUCUUAGUUGUAAUUUAAGACAUGUAGUGACUAAGAUUUCUUUAAAAUCUCAAGAACCUACAGUCACACCAGCCCACUAUAGAUCGAAUCCUUUCUAUCCAGAUGUAGAUUAUGAUAUAGACGAUAAUACUGCUUCAGCAAUGGAAAUAUCUCCAGCUUGGCUAGAGAAUAUGGGUCGUAAUUUAAGUGUUGUACAUAGUACAUCGGCUCCAAAUGCAACCACCACAUCAACCGCUAUAGUGCCUAUGCGUUUACAAAACAUGGAAGUAGCUCUGCCAGCCGAUCUGUCAGUGGUGCCUGAGACUGGUCUAGUUAUAAGACAAGAUAGUCAAGAUGAUGAUUCAAUACGUGAUGUAUCUAACGCUAUAGAAAGUGCUGAAGCUAAUUCUUCACCCAUGGAAUUCCGUUUUUCUUUGCAACCCAUAACCAUGGCAGCUGAUACAGGCAUGGAGGUGGUUUUACGUGAAGGACAAAAUCCCGGCCCAUCAACUAAUACUGCCAACCAACAGACUAGAAAUCAGCAAGCAGCACAAAAUCAAAGACCCACACAAUCUGAAAUGUUCCCUCCUACCACACCCAAUUCCAUAGGUAGCUUAAUACCCUUCCCCCGCGUACAACCCGUUGCAGUACCAAGUACAAACAUGGAUGUUGUACCCUCAAAUCCUACGCUCGGUGUUAGUGCCUUAGGAGCUCGCCGAGCAUUUGAUGCUAGCAAUCGUAAACGUUCGGUAGACAAUGCCAUCGAUGGUCUCAGUAAAGAUGAAGUGAUUAUAGAGGAAAGUAUAUUGUCAUUACUACUCAAAUUACACUCACAAUUGAGUGGAACUUUAGAUAGUUUUUCUUGCACCGAUGCCGACGAAGAGGAAGAGGCAAAAGGUGAUUCUACGGCAUCGUCUUCCUCAGCCAUGGAUGUAGACUGUGAAGGAUCCUCGGAACCUUCUACUUCUUCAGCUGCUGCUGCAGCUGCCUCUAGUCAAACCAAGAAACGUAAUAUUAAGGUGUCCGAUUCACGCAUUGGAGAUGGUCCCUACUUCAUAGGAAAUCUUUUACGCAAGAUAGCGAAACAUGAUGAGACAUGUGCUCAAAACAUCGACGAGAUAAGACGUAAACUCUGGCCGAAUCAACGUGAAAAACAGGCGGAAGCAAAGGCUAGAGAAGCUAAAGAAAAGGAGGAGCGUCGCAAGAGAGCCCGUGAGAGACAAAUGAAAAUGAUGCAAGAUUUCGCCAACAAACAAAAAGAAUUCAUGCAAACUGCUGCUGCCAAUAAUAUGGAUGCCGGCAUGGAGGAGGAAGAAGACCUCUAUGAAGAACAGCCCCGCGAAAAAGAAUAUGACUGCAUUAUUUGCAAUUGCACCACCCCCAGCACAGAAUCAAAUCCCAUUGGUCUCGUAGUGCUAGUAGAAUCAAGUGGCAUUGUCGGUCAUCGACGUAGAAUAACGGAACGACUACCACUUCCACUGUCGCCCGAAGAUGAAGAAAGACUCAAGCAUAGUACGCGUUUAGCCACGGAAUUCAAUAGACGCACCGAAAUUUUAAGUUUAAAAUUUGGCGAAGAAUCCUGGUAUCUAUCCAAUAAUAUGGCCUAUGAAAAUGGUGUUCAUGUGCAAUCGUGUGGUCAUCAUUUACAUUUAAGUUGCUUAGACGCUUACCUAAAGACUUUAUACGCCAGCCAAAGGCAGCACUUGCACGAAAGAGGAGAAUUUUAUUGUCCCGUUUGUAGGCAACUUUCGAAUUCGGUUUUGCCUCUAAGUCCGCAAUUAGAUCGUCCAACACCGGUUGUACGUUCCGGUGUACAACCAUUCGAGCAGUUGGUGUCGGAAUUAACGAACCUGAUAAAGGAGAACGAAAGACCACCGACCUCAACCAAACUAUCCGAAGCAAUGGGUCGUGCAAUGGAAGACAUGACAAAUAUAACAAAUCGCAAAAUGAAGCGAGUACCGCCAACGUUCCGCAGUCUAUUCAUAUUUGUUACCUCAAUAGCUCGCACUAAUUUAGAGUCUGAAAUUAUACAACGUGGUGGCUCAUUAUGUACAACAAAUCCCACACGUUAUAAGCCAAAAAGAGACUGUAUUGUACCAUUACUUCAUGUUCUCUCCGUACAUGUACGAGUGUUGGUCGAAUGGCCCUUAUGGAGUUCAUGGGCAUCGUUGGCCGGUAUGCCGGUAACAGAAAGUGCACCAGUGCCGUCACAUUGUCGUGAAGUCAUACCCGGUCUACUAGCAGAUCCGAUAGCCUUAUUGCUAAAAUUUAUACUAUUAGCACCAUUACAUUUAGAUCAGGAAUACUUUACUUGUAUGGUUAAGGUUAUGUACAAUUUACUAUAUUAUCAAAUUGUUGUACAACUGUGUGUCACCCUUACCGAUCUCGAAUGUGAUUAUAUUUUGGCUAAUUUUAAUACCUCGCCAUCGGCUGAAUCGAAUACACUCUCUAGCAGACGUAAUUCUAUGCGUUCACCUAACAUGUCGUAUUUGGGACGUGCUAUGGCCUUAGUUUUGAAAAACACCAAUCGUCUGUCACAUCUUAGACGUGAUAGUAUACCUUCCACUUCCGCAGCCGCUUCUGCUGCUCUGGGCGUUAAUAGCGAGGACGGCGUGCUAGCUGGUGUAGAAGUCAAUCUUAAGUCAAUGGAAACACAAUUGCAAACACUCUGUCUACCAUUCUUACGUAUAGCGGCCCUAUUACGUCAACAUUUAUACAGACACGAUAUGCCGGA